AUGGGUCUGCCAUCGAAGGACGGACUUCGAGCUAUGAAGGUUGAAGAAAAGAAAGAAGCAAGAGGGGAACCUCCGAGCUACCUGAAAUGGAUGUGCAUCACUUCAUCCAUCACCGGGGACUUCCCCCUAACCGAAAUGUUGCAUGGCCAUCCCAAGUUUCGUUGGUUCGCAUUUCCGACCUUCAUGUUUUUCUUCAGGCUCUUCUUGGGUGGCAUUCUCGGCUUCUACUGGGUUGUUACAGUGGGAGAACCAGCGGUGCAAAUCAAUAGAGUUCCGGAGAAGGGACUCGGCAAUUAUAGUGACUCAAAUCAUCCCCAAGAAAUGAUGACUACUCUCAUGGUGCAUAGAUCCAAAACGGCCUUGAUUGUUCUCUUCAUCGUAAUGGGGAGUUUCUCUGCACUCGCAUACGGUACAAUAAUUGUCAACUUUCUGAAGGGGGAAAGCAUCCAGGUCGUCUUCGUGGAAAGCCGCCAGAUUCUGGUCGACACAGGGUUGGAUUUGAACUCAAAGAAGAUUUUCUUGGCUUAUUUCCUUCCGUGGUUCGCCUCGGUUUUUUCUACUGUUACAAUUAACGUCCUUUUCAUGCUGGCUGGGUACAGUAGCUUCUUCGUGACGAUCAGCGUUAUAGCCGGGGUGUAUCAGAUUCAUUCUAUCGUCUUUCCGCCUUUUCUCUGUCUCUACUUCUGCUCUGUGGUCGCCGAGGCAUAUCGCUCGUUGACGGCUGCCAUCUCCGACCCUCGAGUCACCCAAAAGGAUGUCGACGUGAACCUAUGGGACAAGAGGCUGAAGGAGUUCGUCCGACUCCUCAGUUCCGCACUAGGAAUUCAAGCCCUUUUUGCUCUCGUCGCUACCAUCAUUUCGACCACCGCCAGUCUUUUCAUGGUCCUCAUCGAAAUGGAUUUCAAACAAAGCGGCCUGGAGAUCGCACUCUCUCUUUCCCUUUUCUUCAUCGCCACUCUCGCCAGCUGGAAUUCUACAGCGGUUUUUCUUCUGGCUGCUCAUCAGAUCAGGAAGGAAGAGGCAUUUUCCAUGAAGAAGAUUCUUCAGUCGGAUGGAGCCAUACUCACUGGAUCCGGCUUUGUUCGCCUUGGAUACCCUGUUUACUAUGAUAUAAUUCGCCAUGUCAUAAUGUUCACCAUCAUCUUCCUGCAGUUCAGAUCCAGUGAGCAUUGACCACACGGGA